AAAAGAGCAAGAUUGUGGUAAGAUCUCAGUACUUUUUGGAUGAACUACAACAACAGGAGGCGUGCGUUUACCCGCAAUAGCUCUAUUGAUUUAUAUGCAGAUGAAACUCUCACAGGAGUAAAUGACCCUCUCCUAUCAUACUUACAGUGGAAAACUAGAAGAACAACAGUGAAAAUGCGAAGACAGACGCAGGCGAUUGGAAAUCCUCAAUACACAGACUGAAGCUAGUACCUAUACCAUUGUCAAUUGGCUCCUAGAUCAUUCAGUCAUUGCGGCGACUGCUAGAUGAGAUCGACUCGUCCUAGUUUUGUAAGUCAUCUACACAGCAUCCCCUCUGACCUGUUAGAAAGAAUCUACUUGGCAGAGAGAAAGGGUUUUGUAACUACAACUUCAUUAUUCAAGUGACCUUACGAUAAUCAGAAGAAAAUGGUGGUGAAGUGUAUCAGCUUCGACCUCGAGGAGGACCGGAGGCGGACCUGCGACGAGCACAUGGAAGAGGGCUUCCCCCUCGCCCCAGUGCCAAGCCCGAUGACGUUUUGCAGCGAUAUCCAAAAGAGCGGUAAGAUGUUUCUGAGCACCUUCUAGUAAGUACUAAGAACACUGUCGCUCCUGACAAAUGAUGAACAUUUUGUCUAGUGUGAUUAUAUAUAGAAAAAUAAUAUUUAAUUGAUUUUACUACAACGAGUCAAUGCUGAUGUUCAUUGGCAAAGAUAGAGUUUUUGUUAGAGACCGAUGGAUAGAUCUUCUGCACUACCAAAAUUAGGAACGGCUCCGCAAUUGAUGGACUUUAAGCACGGAACAACAACGCUUGGCUUCAAAUUCCAAGGAGGAAUCAUUAUCGCUGUCGAUUCCCGCGCGAGUAUGGGCAGUUACAUAGGCAGCCAGACGGUGCCUUUAAGUUUAACAUUAUGAACAAUGGACUCGCUGUCUUCAAUGUCGUCACUGACUUGUCGUGAACUCUAAACCUCUAUGAAAGCGGGCUCGUCCACGCUCGUUGUUCUCAAUUGAGCACUUAAUAUUUUUUGAUCUCAAACGUUGAUUUCCUGCUCUCUUCUCAUUUUCAUCUUUCGUUUUGCUCCAUCUGCAUCACAGGUGAAAAAAGUGAUCGAAAUCAAUGAUCGAUUGCUCGGCACAAUGGCAGGCGGUGCAGCGGAUUGUAGUUACUGGGAGAGGAAGCUGACGCUUCUCGCACGAAUGUACCAAAAACUUCUCUGGAAUUGAGUCAGGCCCAGGGGUGUUCACAUGGGAUACCUGAAGAUGCCGUUUUUAGAUCUACUUACCAAAACUACUGGUUUCAAUCCUCGUUGCUAUAGUCAUUAGCAUGCUCAUGAUUAUUCUCACCUUUUAUUUUAUAUAGUCCACAUCCCCUGCGCAAGCGCAUGUAGCAUGCUGAUUCAUAUGAUUCUGCAGGUACGAACUAAGGGAACGAGAGAAAAUAUCAGUUGCGGCUGCAAGUAAGAUUUUGGCGAAUAUUUUUAUACAAUACCGAGGUUACGGACUAAGCUGUGGCACCAUGGUCGCGGGCUGGGACAAGACUGGGCCACAUCUCUACAUGGUCGACGACCAAGGUAUGAAAUUUACAUUUAGCUUUUUUGAUUUACUUCAGGACGUGGGACUCGCGGGUGUUAUCGUUCCUUGUACUCUCAAUCUCUUACUCUCCGGGCCUCUCGGUAUGAUUCCUUCUCCAUUCUUGUAGUUUCUCUCUUUUUCUCUUUCUUAGUACCUCGAAAUAGUCCCAUAUCCGGAAAAAUGAUCAGGCGACCGCGUCGAGGGAGAGAAGUUUUCGGUAGGCUCAGGUUGUAUGUUUGCGUAUGGCGUGCUUGAUGAUGGCUACAGAUACGAUCUUUCAGUAGCUGACGCUGUGGAGCUUGGCCGCAGAGCGAUAUACCAUGCCACGCACAAAGACGGAGCUAGUGGUGGUGUUGUGCGCGUCUACCACGUCCACAGAGAUUAUGACUACAAUGAGUAUUUUCGUGUCAUUUGCGAGCAAGUAGUAAUAUGCGGGUCGUUGUGCUAAAGUAAAGUCAGUGUGGGAAAAAAAUAAGUGGGUUAGGGUUUUUGAUUGGUUUUUUCUUGUUCUACUCGACGCACAAGUACUUCGGUGUGCAUUAUAAAUAUUGAUUUGCUAUGGCAUUACUAGAUGAAACUUUGUCCAUCAUUUGCGUGUAGGGUCUAGUCGAAUCGUGUAAAAUCCCAUCUAAGAAUGCGGUUGGACGAAGGUGAUAGCAGGAGAAGACGUAAACAGCUUACACUACAUGUACGCGGCGCAAAAGGGUCUUACGGGUACCGAGUAAGGGGGAGCUGCGUGAGUCAUGGAAAUCUAGAAGCGGCCUCGUACGGAAUAACAAGCACUCUGUUCGGUUUCGGUUUCCAUUGCCGCACGAGAUUCCUGAACCAAGAUGAAGGUUGUGACCCAACUAAACAUGAUUCCUCCCACCUCUAAAGACACCUACACCUACACGAACAUAUUUUUUUGAAGCAAAAAUGUGUAAAAGAAGUUCUAAUUUUUGAUGUUGGUCGUUUCCAUAACGACAAAAGGAAUUGGAUUUUCCAAUCGAUCAUGACAGGAGAAGACCAUUUCCCUAUCCCAGGAUAAGACCGCUUCCCUCCCAUUUUUUAAUCACACGACGGUCGCUUUGGUGAAAAAGGACAGAGAACCAUAAAUUAUUGACUCGUUACUAACACUUACAUGACGAAUCAUGAAGUACGGAGACGCAUUCAUCCUACCUAUUGUUCCAAUCUAAUGGCAGC